AUGGAUUAUCUUAAAAAGGCAAUUUGGGGACCAGAUCGAAAAGAGCAGCAUAACAAGAUUAAAUCUGUUCUGAGAAAGAAUGGGAGAACUAUAGAUAAAUCUUUAAGAGAGUUAUCAGCACUGCAAAAUAAAACUCAAUUGCUGAUUAAACGUGCUGCAAAGAAAAAUGACGUUAAGGCUGUGAGAAUAUAUGCUAAAGAAUUAUAUCAAAUUAAUAAACAGUAUAGCAGGAUGUAUACUUCAAAGGCACAACUGGAGUCUGUUGGAAUGAAGAUCGAUGAGGCUUUUAGAAUGAAUUUGUUAUCUGCCCAAAUGGCUCAGAGUACUGGAUUGAUGAUGGAAGUUAACCAAUUGGUGAGACUACCACAAUUACAAGGAACAAUGAUGGAGCUGGAAAGAGAAUUGAUGAAGUCAGGCUUGAUCAGUGAGAUGAUUGAUGAUACAAUGGAAUCUGUUGGUGAGAUGGAUGAUGAAAUGGAUGAAGAAAUAGAAAAUGAGGUCAAUAAGAUCGUUGAACAAUAUACUAAUGAAAAAUUCGAGAAGGUAGAUGAAACUCCUACUAAUAUUCAAGCUCCUGUCGAAGAAGAAGUAUCACAAGAAGAAAUUCCAGAGGACCAAAUUGGCGAAGAAGCUGAUAAUAUGAUUAAUGAAAUGAGAGAAAGAUUGAAAGCAUUACAAAACUGA